AUGGAUGAAAAAAUAAAUAAACAAGAAAAGGAUUUUUCAUCUAAUUUUCUAACACGUACAACAAUACGUGAAGCAAAUCAUCAUUUACAAAUGUUGCAUCAACAUAAUCAAGAAUUAGAACAAAUAGUUGGAAAACAGAAAGAAGAAUUAAAACAUAAAGAUUUGAUCUAUGUGGAAUUAUUUAAAGCAAAGCAAUUAUUAGAAAAUCAUUGUCAACAAUUGAAAAUCUUACUCGAUGAUCGAACACGACGUUUGCAAGUGUUUGAAAGAAAAGAAAGAUUAUUUCGAGAAACAAUUGAAUUAAAACCAGCUAUUGAAUCAUUAUUAGAUGUAUUGAAUACAUUUGAAAAAGAAGAUUCUAUUUUAUCAUCGACAUCAAUGCAAUCUCUACAAACAGUAAACCAAAAGAAAAAUAUGAAUGUUGUUCAUAAAACAGAUACUGUUUAA